CAUCACCCAUUCUUCCCCGUCUGCACCUCGUCCGCUCCACUGCACACACACGCACACACAAACGGCGCCGUUGUUGUUGUUUGAUUGUUGGUGAUGAUGAUGAUGAUGUGGGGAAUGAGGGUUGUGGUUGUGGCGAGGGCUGGUAUGAUGGCGUCGGGCUUGCUUGGCUGUGCUCAGCGCGUGUGCACGCGCGUGACCGUGCGUGGACUGCGGACGCAGCGUACACUGCAGAGAAGUGUGGGCAGUGACAGCUUCAAUGCCUCGGCAGUACCUGGCGUACUGUCAGUUGCAUCCGCCAACGUGGCACGAAGGGCGCACCCGAUCUUGGCCGUCAGCUCAGCAGCCGUUUGGCGAUCAAAGUGGACGCUCGCUUCCUCCCUCGUGCAACCCGUCGCAUGCCAGGAGCCACGACAAGCUCCGUUGCGGAGUGUGUUGCCGAGCCGCAAGAAGGCGAGCGGAAAGGAUGGGCGAACACUUGACUGGAAGCUGCUCUGGGAGCUGCUUCGGCCCGACAUCUUUCUCCUCGCCGCCGCCGUGGUCGCUGCGCUCACCGUCGCCUAUGUCAACAUCCAGGUUCCCAUCCUCCUCGGAUCGCUUGUGAAUGCCAUCACGUCUUCUGGCGGCGAUGUGAGCAGCAUGCAGAACUCGGCCGUUAGCAUCGUCGGCGCAUAUGUGACGCAGACGCUGUUCACGGCCAUGUACAUCACGCUCCUCGGUGUGGUCGGAGAGAAGUUUGCUGAGCGCGUGCGUCUUCGCCUCUUUGAAUCAAUCAUGCGACAGGACAUUGCUUUCUUUGAUCAGCGGCAGAGCGGCGAGAUUGUCAACCGCCUCACAACAGACGUGCAGGAGUUCAAGAGCUCGUUCAAGCAAGUUGUGAGCGUUGGCCUUCGCAACAUCACGCAGGCCGUGGGCAGCCUUGUGUCCAUGUAUAUGGUGUCGCCCACACUCACGGGCUACCUUAUCGUCGUCGUUCCAACUGUCAUCGCUGUCGGCACAGCGCUCGGGUCGUCGCUGCGUCGGAUGUCACGCGAGAGCCACGAGGCCGCCGACAAGACCACCUCAUAUGCAACCGAAGUCAUUGGCAACAUGCGCACCGUCCGUGGGUUUGGUAUGGAGUCGCGGGAAGUGGCGGAGUUCAACCACUGGACCAGCGAAUGCCGCCGGCUCGCGUCAAAGCUCGCGUUUGGCAUUGGUGUGUUCACUGGCGGCUCGCACCUGUUCCUCAACGGUGUUGUACUCGGCGUCAUCUACUACGGCGGCGUGCUCAUGUCAAGGGACGAGAUGACAGCGGGCGACCUGAUGCGGUUUCUCGUUUCAUCGCAGACCAUCCAGCGUGCCCUCUCCAACACAUCCGUCCUCUUUGGCCAAGUUGUGAGGGGCAUGGGUGCAGGCUCCCGCGUGUUUGAAUACAUCAAGCACAACUCGUACAUCCCACUUACUGGCGGCCUGAAGCCGCAUCAACUUGAAGGCGGUAUUGAGUUUGCUGACGUCACGUUCGCGUACCCAACGCGCCCCGAACAGCAGGUGCUGAAACGUUUCCAUCUCCAGAUCCCCGCAGGAAAGAUGGUGGCCCUCUGUGGACCCUCAGGUGCUGGCAAGUCGACCGUUGCCAGUUUGAUUGAGCGCUUCUACGAUCCUUCAGAGGGAACAGUGCUCCUGGAUGGUCUUCCGCUUUCCGAUUACGACCCAACAUACAUCAGGCAGCAAGCCAUUGGCUACAUCAACCAAGAACCCGUGCUCUUUGCAACAACGGUCUUUGAGAACAUUCGCUACGGCCGCCCAGACGCCACGCCCGAUGAGGUGUAUGAGGCGGCGCGCCAGGCGAACGCGCACCAGUUCAUUUCGUCGUUCCCGGAAGGGUACGACACGGUGCUCGGGGAGCGCGGGGUGACGGUGAGCGGCGGGCAGAAGCAGCGCAUCGCCAUUGCCCGCGCAAUCCUCAAGAACCCGCGCAUCCUCAUUCUGGACGAGGCAACAAGCGCGCUGGAUGCAGAGUCGGAGAAGUUGGUGCAGGCGGCACUCGAUCGCCUCACGGCGGGACGCACCGUCCUCGUCAUUGCCCAUCGCCUCAGCACCAUCCAGGCCGCAGACCAAAUUGCGGUUGUGCUUGGCGGUCGCGUGGUGGAGCAAGGAACGCACAAGCAGUUGAUCCGGGCCAAGGGCGUGUAUGCAGAUCUUGUUCGACAUCAGAUCAGUGGCGAGGGUGGCUAUGUCGUGUAGAAUGCAUUCACAAACCACCGCUCCGUCCACGCUCAUGUCUGUCCAUGGGUUUUACACUCAGCACACCCGCCCCCUCUUCUGUGUCGUGUUUCACUUUCGUCAUGCCAAGGACACCUGAGUUGCGUUGUGUCAUGUCAUGGUGUGUCGGUUGUGUUGAGAGAGUUUGAGCUAGGGAGCAUUCAUUGCCUUCAUGUUGCCGUUGUUGUGUUGUUGGUGUUGUCAGUGCCGUGAUUGCGACUGUUUACUCUUGUUGGUGGGGAGGGGGAAGGAGCUCAUCGCUUCAUGUCAGGUCCAACAACAAAACAACCAGCCCACACCAGUAAACGUAGAGCAACG